UACAAAUUAGUGUAAAGAAAAAGAAAGAUUCUCAGUUCUUCUCACCGUUGAAUUCGUUAGUUAGCAACAAGAUAAGAGAGAGAGAAAUUUGAGGGAUUUCUUGAUCAUCCGCAGAUGUUUAUGGAUUCAUCAUCAUCCAAAUCACUGCGAUUCAUCUCGCAUCAAUCUUUCUUCUCCGCUGUCCGAUCCGGCGACCUUGAAUCGCUAAAGGCUAUCGUAAACGAUGAUGAAGAUUCCGACACAGCUUCGGCGUCUGCUCUAAUGGCGAUGCAGAACGACGCCGGAGAGACGGCGUUGUACAUCGCCGCCGAGAGCAAUCUCCAGGACAUCUUCACUUAUCUGCUCAAGUUCUGUGAUCUUCAAACAGUGAAGAUUAGGUCUAAAUUAGAUUUCGAUGCGUUUCACAUCGCAGCCAAACGAGGUCAUUUAGGAAUCGCGAAGGUACUCUUGGGAUUGUGGCCCGAACUUUGUAAAGUAUGUGAUGGUACAAACACGAGCCCGCUGUACUCGGCGGCCGUGAAUGAUCAUCUCGAGGUUGUGAAUGCGAUGUUAGAUACAGAUGUUAGUUGCAUAAAGAUCCUAAGGAAGAAUGGGAAAACUGCAUUGCAUACAGCAGCUAGAUACAAUAAGACCAGUAUGGUAAAAACGCUUAUAGAAAGAGAUUCAUCAAUUGUAGCCAUCAAAGAUAAAAAGGGUCAAACUGCACUUCAUAUGGCUGUAAAAGGCCAAAGUACUACUGUGGUCGAGGAUCUAUUACUCGCCGAUCAUUCCAUUUUGAACGAGCGUGACAAAAAGGGUAACACCGCUAUUCAUAUCGCUACUAGAAAAAGCCGAUCACAGAUUGUGAGUUUUUUGCUGAGUUUUACCUCGAUCAAUGUGAAUGCGAUCAAUAAUGCACAAGAAACCGCCUUGGAUAUAGCCGAUAAGUUGAACUACGGCCCGCCUAAGUUGGAAAUCACGGAAGCUCUGGGUGAAGUUGGUGCUAAACACGCUCGACAUGUUGGCAGGAUCGAUGAAGCGAUGGAACUCAAAAGGACAGUUAGUGACAUCAAGCAUGAAGUGCAAUCGCAACUGUUUCAGAACGAGCAAACCCAAAGACGGGUAUCGGGUAUCGCGAAAGAACUCAAAAAGAUUCACAGGGAAGCGGUUCAAAACACAAUUAACUCGUUAACUGUUGUUGCUGUUCUCUUUGCGUCGAUAGCUUUCUUGGCUAUUUUCAAUUUGCCGGGGCAGUAUUUGAGGACGGGAAAAGAAGCCGGCGAGGCCUACAUAGCUCACACGCCGGCUUUCCGUGCUUUUUGCCUGUUCAACGCCACUUCCCUCUUCAUAUCGUUAGCGGUGGUGGUGGUUCAGAUCACGUUGGUGGCGUGGGACACCCGUGCACAGAGACAGAUUGUUUCGGUUGUCAACAAGCUGAUGUGGGCGGCUGGGAUCAGCACUUGUGGGGCAUUUUGUUCGAUAGCGUUUGUGGUGGUCGGAAAGCGGAGUUCGUGGAUGGCGGUCACGAUUACGGUGGUUGGUGUUCCAAUUCUGUUGGGAACGCUCGUUAGCUUGUGCUACUUUGUUUUCCAGCAACAUUUUGGGUUUUUUGGUAGCGAUUCACAGAGACGGAUUAGGAGGCCGAGCGGAAGCAAGUCGUUCUCGUGGUCCAUGCACUCGGCGAAUAUCUCGGAUGACGAAUCCGACCAUGAAAUGAUAUAUGCUCUGUGAGGAGAGACUUCUGUUCCCAGUUUUACCACGAGAUCAAUGUAAAUCAUAAUCUCUAAUAUAUAUGAUUAUGAAGGCUACCUCUUGUAGUUUAUGUACAUAUCUGCUGUACAGAUUUCGAAUUCAUGUUUUAGCGUUUGUAUCGAUGUUCUACGUUUCAUUGCUCGAGACC